UGCCGCGCGCCGCGGCGCGGAGUGCAGAGCCGAGGUCGCGAUGUGCGGUCUCCUGUGUACACCGGCUGCUGGGGCCGUCCGGGUGUUGCGGUUCGUGGGCUGGGCUUCGCGAAGCCUGCAUCUGCCGCCCGGUAGCCGGGCUCUGUCCCAGCCCGCGACUGACGGGGAGGAAGAGGAAGAUCCCAGCCGUCCCAUUCAGUUUUCAUCCAGUAGAGCCAAUCCGUCCCGCUGGACGGUGGAGCACUCCCUGGGAAAACAGCAGCAGCGGCCCUGGUGGAAAGUGCUGCCCUUCAGCCUCUCUCUCAUGGUUCUGAUCAUCUGGUGUUACCUGAGGCGAGAGACCAAGUCGGACAGUUGGUUGAGACGGGUGUUGGACGAAGAGGGGCCGGAGCCCAGUGAGCGAGCCUAGGAGCCUGGAGCUCUUGCCGCCUACGGGGCGUGAACUUGACGGGGUGCCCGCUGGGGCUGGCAGGGAGGAAACAGCCCUUCGGAGUCGAUGUCGCGGCCCCGAAGGACUCGGUGGCGCCUUUGGCGCUGACACACGUGCGGGCGGGCAGGGCAGAAGCCGCAGUCCCGGAUCUGCGCUUGACUGAUACCGAUGCCCACUGAUUGCGUCCAAGACAUUUCAGUCCGUAGAAGAGGUUUAGGCUGUAUUGUGUGCUUUUGGGUUCGUGGGGUCUGUACAGCCUAAUCGUGUUUCCGAAGCAAGUUCGGCGACACUUGUAAUGUUGUGUUGCAGGUCAUUUGCUUUACGAGUUAGAAUCACUGGCAGAAGUGUUAAUUUACAGUGCGCCAUGAUGUGUAUAAAUAACAUCUAUUGGUGUUUACAUA